GGACUGGGAGGGACUGGGAGGGAACUGGGAGAGCCACGAGUUCAGCCACGAGCCCAGCCUCAACUGGGUACGGACUGGGAGGGACUGGGAGGCACUGGGAUGGACUGGGAGAGUCACGAGUUCAGCCGUGAGCCCAGCCUCAACUGGGUACGGUCUGGGAGCAACUGGGAGGGACUGGGAUGGACUGGGAGGGACUGGGAGAGCCACGAGUUCAGCCGCGAACCCAGCCUCAACUGGGUAUGGACUGGGAUGGACUGGGAUGGAUUGGGAGGGAACUGGGAUGGACUGGGAGGGACUGGGAGAGCCACGAGUUCAGCCAUGAGCCCAGCCUCAACUGGGUACGGACUGGGAGGGACUGGGAUGGACUGGGAGGGACUGGGAGAGCCACGAGUUCAGCCACGAGCCCAGCCUCAACUGGGUACGGACUGGGAUGGACUGGGAGCAACUGGGAUGGACUGGGAGGGACUGGGAGAGCCACGAGUUCAGCCGCGAGCCCAGCCUCAACUGGGUACGGACUGGGAGGGACUGGGAGGGACUGGGAGAGCCACGAGUUCAGCCGCGAGCCCAGCCUCAACUGGGUUGUGAACGCUGUGAACUGCAGCCUGUUCUCGGCCGUGCGCGAGGAUUUCCCGGUUGUUUCCCGUGUCCCUGAUUCCCGUUUCCGGUUGUUUCCGGUACAGGUUGUUAACGCUGUGAACUGCAGCCCGGUUGUUUCCCGUGUCCCUGAUUCCCGUUUCCGGUUGUUGUUUCCGGUUGUUGUUUCCGGUACAGGUUGUGAACGCUGUGAACUGCAGCCUGUUCUCGGCCGUGCGCGAGGAUUUCCCGGUUGUUUCCCGUGUCCCUCAUUGCCGGUUGUUGUUUCCGGCUGUUGUUGUGAACGCUGUGAACUGCAGCCCGGUUGUUUCCCGUGUCCCUCAUUCCCGUUUCCGGUUGUUUCCGGUUGUUGUUUCUGGUACAGGUUGUUAACGCAGUGAACUGCAGCCUGUUCUCGGCCGUGCGCGAGGAUUUCCCGGUUGUUUCCCGUGUCCCUGAUUCCCGUUUCCGGUUGUUUCCGGUUGUU